AUGCGACGUUCACUUUCCACGUGUCAGGAAGUAUCUGCAGCCACUUUCACUCCAUUCAAGAUCAUAGCGGCUCCACCAACCGUUGCUGUUCCUAAGUAUAACUCGAUACUAUUGUUUACAAUGUACCUUUCAUCGUUCUUAGUUUUUGUAAUAAAAUACAAACGAUGUGUGCGUGGCGAUGCAAUAUGCCCAUGCGCAUGCAGCAGUGAGUCUCUCACAGUUUGCGUGAGGCGAGCAGGGCGCGGGGGCUCGUCCGCUGGCCGCGGGGUGCUCUCCAUGUCGGGACUCUCAUAUGGUGUCGUCAGAGUGGACGCUGAGAACUCCCUAACAUCACUCACCCUGCAGGACUGUGGACAGGUUAUGCCGUCUUGCGCCAUUUCCUCAGGGUCAGUGACCGGGCUCUUAUCUCAUGUGCAUGUGAGUGUACACGUGUGGCGCGCGCAUGUGUGCGUGCUGCGCCUGCGUCUAUUAUGUAUAAACAUACACGCG